AUGAACACUCAGAGCAUCAACAAGAAUGACAAAUCCUUCGGGAAACCAGUGGUUGGUGAAGAGCCAGCUAGAGCAGCCCCAUCUGAGGCUUCAUGUGAUCCAAACAGAAACACAAGAGGAGGUUCAGAAGCACAGAGUGACCAAGGCAUGAGUCAAGAUCCAAGGCUCGGGGAGAACCUUGAAACAGAGGAACAAGACCACCAUGAAGCCAGCGAGGAAGGCACCAGCAACCUCCUGGGGCUUUCAUUUCCCAGAAAACUCUGGGCAGUAGUGGAGAAUGAGGACUUCAAGUCUGUGGGCUGGAGUGAAGAAGGAGACACCGUGAAGAUUGAGGGAGACCUUUUUGAAGCAGAGGUCCUUCACCGCAGUGGUGCAGACAAAAUUUUUGAAAUGGACAGCUUAAAAUGUUUUACUUGUGAACUUAAUCUUCAUGGGUUCAGGAAGAUACGCACAAAGAAUUCACCAGUGCACUCUGGAAAGAAGAAAAUGAUGAUCUUUCAAAAUGCAAACUUUCAGAGGGAUAACCCAAGGCUGCUUGAGAACAUCUGGAGGAGAGGAUGUCAACGCAGCCCUGCUCAGGAAGAACCAUGCUGCAAGAGAAGGAAGCUUGUCUGUCCCCGACGCUCUCCACACCUUCCGAAGAAGAAGCAGGAAAAGACCAUUUCCGUGAAGGAAGCCCCCAACAAGCAGGCACCCCAAGGCCAGGACACCUUCCUUCCAGCUGGUGUCACUGGAUGCCCCCUAGCACUAUGCCCUCCUGAGGAGCACAGCAUCCCAUGUGGAGAAUGCUCCCCUGAGGAUGGCAACAUGGUGUCUCCGGCUGGUGACAGAAUGGAAGGGUCUGGGCAGGUGAGCAUCAGAUCCUCAUGGUACCCUGAUUGGGGUUCAGUGAUAUCUUUCUACAACAAGUGUUCCUCCAUGCUGAAGGCUGCCUUGGCAGCCAUUUCCUUAAGUGAGCUGUCUGAUGGGGAGAGAGAGCAGGGCUCCACCAGUGAGUCCUCUGCUGAGGAAGAGCAGGAGGGCUUCCAUCAAAAUAAGUGUGUCAUCUGUGUGCUAUACAAGGACAGUUCUCGUUCAUGA